GCCCUAUGAGAAUUUAGAAACCCGGUGCUUUGCUAGAGAAAGGGAUCCCGAAUGGAAUGAUUUUGAAUACCGAUUCAUUAGUAAAAAACCUUCUCCUACUUUUGAAUUGCCGAAGCAAGAACUUUAUGUAAGAGUUGAAGCCCCAAAGGGAGAAUUGGGAAUUUUUUUAAUAGGAGAUCAGAGUGGUUUUCCUUGGAGGUGGAAAAUUCGUCCACCUGGUUUUAUCAAUUUGCAAAUUAUUCCUCAGUUAGUUAAAAGAAUGAAAUUGGCCGAUAUUAUGACAAUACUAGGUAGCAUAGAUAUCAUUAUGGGAGAAGUUGACCGUUAAAAUGAUAAUUGAUACAACAGAAGUACAAGAUAUAAAUUCUUUUUCUAGAUUAGAAUCUUUAAAAGAAGUCUAUGGAAUCAUAGGGAUGUUUUUACCUAUUUUGACUCUUGUAUUGGGAAUCACAAUAGGUGUACUCGUAAUUGUGUGGUUAGAAAGAGAAAUAUCUGCAGGAAUACAACAACGUAUUGGUCCCGAAUACGCCGGUCCUUUGGGAAUUCUUCAAGCUUUAGCAGAUGGCACAAAACUUAUUUUCAAAGAGAAUCUUUUUCCAUCUAGAGGAGAUAUUCGUUUAUUCAGUAUAGGACCAUCCAUAGCAGUUAUAUCCAUUUUACUAAGUUAUUCAGUAAUUCCUUUUAGUUAUCACUUUGUUUUAUCUGAUCUCAAUAUCGGUGUUUUUUUAUGGAUUGCCAUUUCCAGUAUUGCUCCCAUUGGACUUCUUAUGUCAGGAUAUGGAUCAAAUAAUAAAUAUUCUUUUUUAGGUGGUCUACGAGCCGCUGCUCAAUCGAUUAGUUAUGAAAUACCAUUAACUCUUUGUGUAUUAUCAAUAUCUCUACUAUCUAACAGUUCAAGUACAGUUGAUAUAGUUGAGGCCCAGUCCAAAUAUGGUUUUUGGGGAUGGAAUUUGUGGCGUCAACCUAUAGGGUUUUUCGUUUUUCUAAUUUCUUCCCUAGCAGAAUGCGAGAGAUUACCUUUUGAUUUACCAGAAGCAGAAGAAGAAUUAGUAGCAGGUUAUCAAACCGAAUAUUCGGGUAUCAAAUUUGGGUUAUUUUACGUUGCUUCCUAUCUAAAUCUAUUAGUUUCUUCGUUAUUUGUAACAGUUCUUUACUUAGGGGGUUGGAAUAUCUCUAUUCCUUAUAUAUUCGUUCCCGAGCUAUUUGAAAUAAAUAAAGUAGGUAGAGUGUUUGGAACGACAAUUGGUAUUUUUAUUACAUUAGCUAAAACUUAUUUGUUCUUGUUUAUUUCUAUCACAACAAGAUGGACUUUACCUAGACUAAGAAUAGACCAAUUAUUAAAUCUUGGAUGGAAAUUUCUUUUACCCAUUUCCCUCGGUAAUCUAUUAUUAACAACUUCUUUCCAACUCAUUUCAUUGUAAAGGAAAAAAAAGGAAUAGGAUAUUCUAGAUUUACGACUUCUCUCAAAUAUCAAACAAGAGAAAGAAACAAACAUAAAAUUAUUCAUAGAUCUUUACGAUAUGUUCCCUAUGGUAACUGGGUUCAUGAAUUACGGUCAACAAACAGUACGAGCCGUAAGGUACAUUGGUCAGGGGUUCAUGAUUACCUUAUCCCACGCAAAUCGUUUACCUGUAACUAUUCAAUAUCCUUAUGAAAAAUUAAUUACAUCCGAGCGUUUUCGCGGCCGAAUCCAUUUUGAAUUUGAUAAAUGCAUUGCUUGUGAAGUAUGUGUUCGUGUAUGUCCUAUAGAUCUACCUGUUGUUGAUUGGAAAUUGGAAACUGGUAUACGAAAGAAACGCUUGCUUAAUUACAGUAUUGAUUUCGGAAUUUGUAUUUUUUGUGGUAACUGUGUUGAAUAUUGUCCAACAAAUUGUUUAUCAAUGACUGAAGAAUAUGAACUUUCUACUUAUGAUCGUCACGAAUUGAAUUAUAAUCAAAUCGCUUUGGGUCGUUUACCAAUGUCAGUAAUUAACGAUUAUACAAUUCGAACAAUUUCGAAUUCGUAAUAAUAAAAUAAAAAAAAAAUGUGAAACCCCUUUAAUUAAAGAGGAAUCUCCACCAAUUAGUAAGGUUCAAUUUGAUCUAAUCUACAGGAAUGAGUUCUUUUUUUUUUUUUUUUUUGUCAAUAACUAAAAAUUCCAAUUAACUGUUGAUUAGUUGGUAAGAAGUGCGAUUCAAGUUGGAUUGAAAAUUGAAUCUAAUAAUAGAAUUUGAGUUUUGAGCUAAAUUACCCUUUUCUUUGGUGUAAAUCUUUUGGGUAAAGAGAAAACCAUAUUCUAUUGGUCCACUAAUUGGACCUAGACCCAUUUUAAAUCCAUUCGAUUAGAAUUAAAU